GGUGGUGGUGGCGGCGGCGGCAGAGGAGGGGAGGACGGGGGCGGCGUCGGACUGGAGCCGAGCGGCGGCACGAGCUGCCCGGGGCGCUGUCGUGAGCUCGCCCGCCGGGCCCCCACCCCCGAACUACACCCUGCCGUGCCCAGCUCUGCCCGCGUCCGUGCCCCCGCGGGGAGCGCGCCGGGGCUGCCCCCCGAAUGACGGGCGGAAGGUUCGACUUCGACGAUGGCGGCACCUACUGCGGCGGCUGGGAGGAGGGCAAGGCGCACGGGCAUGGCAUCUGCACGGGGCCCAAGGGCCAGGGCGAGUACUCGGGCUCCUGGUCGCACGGCUUCGAGGUGGUCGGAGGCUACACCUGGCCCAGCGGCAACACCUACCAGGGCUACUGGGCGCAGGGCAAACGGCACGGGCUGGGGGUGGAGACGAAGGGCAAGUGGAUGUACCGGGGGGAGUGGUCACAUGGUUUCAAGGGGCGCUACGGGGUCCGGCAGAGCCUAUGCACCCCCGCCCGCUACGAGGGUACCUGGAGUAACGGGCUGCAGGACGGGUACGGCGUGGAGACCUACGGGGACGGAGGUACCUACCAGGGCCAGUGGGCCGGCGGCAUGCGGCAUGGCUAUGGCGUGCGCCAGAGCGUGCCCUACGGCAUGGCCACGGUGAUCCGCUCUCCACUGCGCACCUCGCUGGCCUCGCUGCGCAGCGAGCAGAGCAACGGCAGCAUCCUUCACGACGCUGCGGCCGCGGCCGAUACCCCGACCGGCACUCGCGGUGGCUUUGUGCUCAACUUCCAUGCGGACGCCGAGCUCGCAGGCAAGAAGAAGGGCGGCCUCUUCCGCCGGGGCUCGCUCCUGGGAAGCAUGAAGCUUCGCAAGUCUGAGUCCAAGUCUUCCAUCUCCAGCAAGCGCAGCUCCGUCCGCAGUGACGCGGCCAUGAGCAGGAUCAGCUCCAGCGACGCCAAUUCCACCAUCAGCUUCGGUGACGUCGAUUGUGAUUUUUGCCCUGUGGAAGACCACGUGGACGCCACCACCACGGAAACCUACAUGGGCGAGUGGAAGAAUGACAAGCGCAAUGGUUUCGGCAUCAGCGAACGCUCCAACGGCAUGAAGUACGAAGGCGAGUGGGCUAACAACAAAAGGCACGGCUAUGGCUGCACUGUGUUUCCCGACGGCUCCAAAGAAGAGGGGAAAUACAAAAAUAAUAUUCUGGUUCGUGGAAUAAGGAAGCAGCUUAUACCCAUAAGAAAUACAAAAACUAGGGAGAAGGUGGACAGAGCGAUCGAAGGCGCGCAAAGGGCAGCCGCCAUGGCGAGAACCAAGGUAGAAAUCGCAAAUUCAAGGACUGCACACGCAAGAGCGAAAGCUGACGCCGCUGACCAGGCUGCGCUGGCCGCCCGCCAGGAGUGCGACAUCGCGAGAGCUGUGGCCAGGGAGCUGUCGCCUGACUUCUACCAGCCAGGCCCAGACUACAUCAAACAGAGACUUCAGGAAGGUGUAGAUGCUAAAGAAAACCCCGAGGAAAAGGUACCAGCAAAUCCACCUACACCAAAGGAAUCUCCUCACUUCUAUCGCAAAGGCACCACCCCGCCAAGGUCUCCUGAAGCAAGUCCCAAACACAGCCACUCUCCGCAGCCUUCCCCCCCAAAACCUGCGAAGAAGCAGAACCCAGGCCCAGGGGUGAGACUCAAUCAAGAUAAAAGGAGUGUGGCUGAAGAGCAGGUGCCAGCCGUUGUCAAUAAGCCCUUGAUGUCAAAGGCUCCCACAAAGGAGGUAGGAGCCAACGUGCCCCAGCCCAAGUACUCUGGCCGCCACCAUGUCCCCAACCCUAGUAAUGGGGAAUUGCACUCUCAGUAUCACGGCUACUACGUGAAGCUGAACGCCCCCCAGCACCCUCCUGAAGACGCAGAGGAUGAGGGUGGUUCGAGCCAGUCUUCCUCAGCACUGGUGCACAAGCCAUCACCUAACAAGUGGAGUCCCCCUAAAUCUGUGACAAAACAAGUUGCCAAAGAAAGCAAAGCUGAGCCAAAAGCUAAGAAGUCUGAACUUGCUAUACCAAAGAAUCCAAGGAAUGAUUCAUACCCUUCCAUGGAAAAAGAAGCCAAUUCAGGCCCUAAUUCAGUCAUGAUUGUCCUCGUCAUGCUGUUGAAUAUAGGCUUGGCCAUUCUUUUUGUUCACUUUCUAACCUGAUCGAAAUUAGGAAAGUGCAGUCAUGACAACUAGUGGUGGUAGCCCACAGUUCCCUGCCGUGCUGUCGCCAGCCCUUUAAAUGGCACACCCCAGGCAGACUCAGACACAGGGAAGGAGGCUUGGAAUUAGAAUGGGAUCGCCAGAGAGAUGAAACUUGGAAAAUUCAGCCAGGGGACCUGUCCAUUUCCCCUGGGGUCCUCUGGGAGCUGAAGCACGCAGCCAUUUUGGAGAGCAAAACAUAAUAAUAAUUCUUUUUUAAAAUCUGCCGAAGCAGCCUCAUCCAGCGACGUUCUUGGCAUUGGCUACUCCAUCUGUCUUAGCAGAGUGUGACUAAACUGGAAAUGUAUGGAGCUGCAUUUUUUUUUUUUUGAUGGAAGUCAACAGCUGCCUUACUAUUUUACCAUCUGACGUUUUUAGUAGGGAGCUGGGGAAACGACUGCCCGAGGAAUGCGGUCGGAGGAUUGUGUUGCUGUGGCCAUGGUUCCAACAUUCACUCCUAUCUCAUUAGAAGAAAUAGGUAGCAGCAUCACUCACCAGUCUUAUGCCAUGACCUGCUGCUUUAACAUCUUGUGGAAUGUUCUGGGAGAGAACGUUUCGUUUGCUUGUGCACGACUCUGUUCGUUUUUAUGCUGUUGAUUUAAAUCUGAUGAAUAAUCAUCGCACCACCUGCGGUCCUGGCCGGAUGACACACACGUCGCAUCUCAAGGAAAAGAACAACAACAAGAUGUUAGUGACUAUGUGUUGUCUUGGAUAGCAAUAUAUCAUGUCUCAUGUCAUGUGUUCUUCCUAAACCUAUCGAAGGCUAUUUCUCUUUAAAAUUUAGCAACUUGAAGGCAUCAUACCUUCCAAAGAAAUAAUCUAAGUUGUUUAAACCUGAGGUGAAUUACUGAUGCACUUAGGAGGUGCUAAAUUUUCAAAGCUGAGACACAACAGAACUCGUAAGAAGUCCAGUCAAAAUGUUGCAUGGACUGCAGUAGUCAGCGCUCAGAGGAUUCAGUUUCAUUGCUGACGUACUUUACAACCAAAUAAAAUCUUGUCAGAGGCUAUGUUAAUUCCCAUGAAAGUUAAGCAAGAUGCUAUUAAUAACUGCUCUUCUUUUUUCCAACGUCAGUUUUUGUUGAAUACAUUCAGGUAGUGCAUAGACCUUUGUGAAAUCAUUGCUUUUUGGUUUUCUGCCUUUCAUGUUUUUCAAAGUCCUUUUGUAAUUUCAUUUCGAAUUUUAAAGGCAUAGGCAUUUUUAUUUUAAAUAUCUGUCUUUUGCAGUCUUUUGUUCUGACAUAUUCUGAAGGUUUUUUUUUUUUUGGUGUUUUAUAAUUUAGCCUUUAUUAUUCAGAAGCAUGCUUACCUAGAGAAACUACAGGGUCUUUAUAAAAGAAACUAUUUAAAGAAAUCAGGGGAGGAGGGGAUCUGUUAAAUCUCUGUAAGACAUUACAUUUCAGAGGGGGAGCUGUUCCUAAAUACUGUCGUCACUUGCAUGGUGUAACCCGAUCCUUUUUACCUUAUUAGCUACCUUCUCAAUACAGAGGAGACAGCUCACAUGAUGCCCACGUUAGCACAGGUGUGGGCUGGAGGCUUUGUCACCUGCGAGGUAGUAACCCAGUGACGUUUCUCGCAGAAAUGCAGUAUGUUGAAAAUCCUGGGUGUGACCAAUACGGAAUACAGAAGGCGGCAGAAAAAGCAAAUGAAAAAUUACACCUUGUAUAUUUGUUUUUUACAUUUUGCUUUGACUUUCCAAUUUAGGAAGUACAUUUUUACCCAAGAACAAACCUUUCAGUUCCCUGUCCGUCUCAGUCCUCUCACAGCUCCUGCCUAACCCCUUUAGCUUCUUAUGCUGGGAAAGCUGAUUUUUUUUUUAAAGAAAAAAAAACUAUUUAAUCUCAUUAAGUGUUUAUUUAAAACAUGUAAUGCUUUGGAAAUAAUGGGUAAUAGAUAACUACAGGAUAUGUUUAUAAAGUGAGCAUGUUGGUUCCAUUUAUAAAUAUAUGUAUGAUUUAUAAGCUUUUUUAAAACAAAGCUCAAAUUGUUGGUAUUUUUCUAAAAUGUGCACAGCUGUAUUUUACAUGAAGGCUCUUUCUAAUGGGUUGUUAUACUGUACUCUACAUUUUGGACAGCACCUGAAGUCUGCCAAUGUACUUAAUAAAACAUGACUUUGUUUAUUUAAAGUUUCUUGCUGUGAAAAAAGAACUCCCUACCUGUGAGUUCCUUUAUUUAUAAUCCUGAAACCAAAAUGUAUAAUGUACAGUUUUCACAACUGUAUCAGCUCUAAUAAAAGCAAAAAUGUUGGUUAUUAA